CUUUCGGAGCCAAGCGUGGUCUUCCUCAGACCCAGGUUUGAUCUUCGGCUCUUCGCCUGAGAUCUGACACACUCGCCACACUGGCCUUCCCCUGGGUCAUGGCGGCCCUUUGGUAGAGCACCUCCGAUCGAAGAGUACAGCGAAGAUGUGAAACACCCUCUCGCUUUGCUGCUGCAGUUUUGUGAGCACAGCCAGCGAACACCGCCGGCUAAACUGCAGCUCUGCCGACGGGAGCAGGGAGCUUCCUGCCUGGGCCUACAAGCCCCAGGCUGCCGCGGGCCGCUGGGGGCGGUGACGGGAGCCGCCGCCCGCCUCUCCACAGCGCUCAGUAUGGCCGGCUUCGCCGACCUGAACCUCCCGCAGGGAUCGGACAAGAAGUCCCUGCAGGCUCUGCUGGAGACCGCAGCACACUUGGGAUAUUCUGCGGUUGCUCUCAAUCAUGUCAUUGAUUUCAAAGAAAAGAAACAGGAAAUCGUCAAGCCAGUAUCUCCUUCAGAGUUGUUUCCAUCUUUGCCUGUUGUGCAAGGGACAUCUAAAAGAAUUAAAGUUUUAACCCGGCUAACACUUGUUAUUUCUGAUCCUUCCCACUGUAAUCUCUUGAGAUCGACGUCUCCAAAUAUAAGGUUGUAUGACAUCAUAGCAGUAUUUCCGAAGACUGAGAAACUGUUCCACAUCGCUUGCACAACUCUAGAUGUGGAUCUGGUAUGCAUAAAUGUAACAGAAAAACUGCCAUUCUACUUCCGAAGGCCCCCUGUGAAUAUGGCAAUAGAUCGAGGCAUUUACUUUGAACUUCUCUAUACGCCUGCCAUCAAAGACUCCACAAUGAGAAGAUACACAAUUUCAAAUGCGAUCAGCCUGAUGCAGAUCUGCAAAGGAAAGAAUAUUGUCAUAUCUAGUGCAGCUGAAAGGCCUUUAGAACUACGAGGUCCUUAUGAUGUGGCUAAUCUAGGUUUGCUAUUUGGCCUGUCAGAAGGUGAAGCCAAGGCAGCUGUAUCUACCAACUGCAGAGCCACCAUGCUUCAUGGAGAAACUCGGAAGAGUGCCUGUGGGAUAGUGUACACAGUGAAGAAGCCUCGCAAGGUUGAGGAGGAAGAAACACUGCCAGCCUGCAAAAAAGCUAAGACUCAAGCCUGAGGACUCAACCAGUUGUCAACAAGAACCUCCAUCCCAUCUUUACUCAGUGUUGAGACUUCUUCCUCCCUCCAGCUACUCCUGUUCCUCCCUUACUACUUUAUUUAGCCUGGAGAAGAAUUCUUCUGGUGCUCAAGUGAGGAAAGCUGUGGGAAUGAGACUGCUGUAUGGUAGUCCACCACACCUAAAAGGUCAUGCUGGGCUUCUGGCCAAGGUCAGGAGACUCUCUCUCCACCCUGUCCUAGGUCUUCUGAAGAUAGUGCAAACUCAACACAAUGUUUCUAACAGAAAUUUUCAGUUGUUACAAGUGCAUUCCUUUUUAAUUAAAAACGUUUCUAAGAAUGUAUGCUUUGAAAGUAUAGCUCAUGGUUUGUCAAGUUUUAAACACAUCUCUGUACUAAACCUUACAGCUGCAAACAGUAGAUGAAGUUUACCUUCAGGGGCCUGUGGAGAAUAGUUGUGCAGUAAAGAAAAAACAAAACAAAACACUGCUUCCCAUUCUGUUUUGUGGCCAGUGGCUAUAAAGAAGAUCCUAGAUUCUGCCACUUGCUAGGAGAUACCUUGGAUUUGUGUUACAGUAGGACUGACUAACCUGACCUGCCAGAGACACAUCCCAAGGGCCAUCCCUGACCUGCAGCUCUUAAACCAAGGGUCACAUGAGAUGGUUACUGCAGAUGGAAAGGAAGAGCCCAGGGUUACACUGAAUAUGUGCUCAGCAUGCUGUGUUGCAGUCACAGCAUAACAGCUGUCUCACCUAGGACUGAGCAGUCUCCAUGUCACAUCAUUUUUACUGCAUCAUUUCCUUCUUUAUGUCCUGGUCUGGCAAUGUUGUCUAGGAGAGUGUUCAUUUUGCUGCCUCCUGCCUUUCUGUUUUCCUUCCUGUUAAUGCUUCAGUAAACUUAAUCUGGCUGCCAAAAAAGCAAUCAUAACAGAUUUAUAAUCAGCAGAGCAUUGUCAGAGCUUUUCCAAAUGUUGACUGAAGUUUUUCUUUUGAUGAAACCAAUAUAAAAAGUUAUGUAAGCUACUGUACUCGGGAUACUCUUGAGCCAGCUUUACAGUGAAUAUUCCAGUUCUUUAUUUGCAUCUGACAAGUUGAGAAGUGGAAGUUACAGGAUGUAAGAUAUUGCAGAAAUCUUGCAGUGGAUCAUCUCAGAGUUCUUGGUAACUGGACUGAGCAGAAUAGGUGAAGAUCUCAGUAGGGUAACAGUUCUAUAUAAUGCUCGUUAAGUCCCAACAGCUUUUGCUUCAUUCAACAAAUUUUGAGUUAUUAUUGUUAACUUGAUGAUUUCAGUCUGUUUUAGUCUAGUUGUUGGGAUGUUAUAUGUAUGUAUCACUCACACAUAGACACACAUAGUUUGCUGUUUAUGGGCUUACCUCCAAAAUGAUCAUGCUCUAAUUAGAGAAAAAGCAAAAUGUGUCUAGUGCAAUUUUCUGAGUGACAUACCCUCUUGCCUUGGCUACUGAAUAACCUACCUUGAGCAUGACAGAAGUUGUUUGCUAACUAGCAUAUGGGAGGUGGCUUUGAAUGCUAGAGGUCCUUGCUACUCGUUUGAUUUGAUACAAGAAAAUUACAGUCUUGUAUCUUUAUUCUUUAAGAUACAGUGCUUCAGGAACUGAUUGAAAAGUUUCUUCUCCCUCAGUUUCCUGAAGUUUGUUCUGGCCAAUUUGCUGCCUGAACAAUUGAACUGCUUCUCAGUUAGGAUGAUAAACAAACUGAGUUAGCCAGCACUGAUGUAAUUUCUAUUUCCUGCAAGGCAUGCUCCCAGUGUCUGGGUAAUUGUGCACAAGCAAGUAGUGAAAUAGUGGCUUACAGAGAAGGGCAAUGAGCAGAGAUGUGCCAUAAUUUUUAUGGAGAAGAGCGUGUUCACAAAUACGGCCUAUGGCUGGCAAGGUGACAUCUGUGAGUUAUGGUGCUUGUGUGAGAAAAGUCUCAUCUGUCUAAAACUGUUGGCCUCAGUCUAGGAUAGCUGGCUGCAGACAGAACUGGCUUUUCUUCUGCUUGCUCCUGUGCAGGGUUUCUGUAAAUUCACUUAGUCUCCAAAAUUGGCACUCCUGUAACAACUGUUUAUCACUGUCUGCUCCUGACCCCACCUCAUUGCCCAGGACAUUGCUUUGGCCAGACAGUAAAGCCUUGUGGCUGGAAGCCAAGUGACAGAGCUUGGUGAAGGUGUUCAAGCGCCUGUCAUGAAUUUCUCAGGAAGGCCAUUGCUAUGGGGCAUCAGGAUUUUCAGUGAAUGCACCAUGUGAUGUCCCAGUGAAAUGGGAUGUUGAUUCCCCUGCCGGCAGCACUGUUAAGGUUGUUUUGCUUCUGCAAAAGCAAAGGGAGAGAGAGGUGUCUGCCUUUCCUAGCAGAACUCACAUUGUCCUUGGCUUGGAUAACUGAAGCUGUCUCAUGUGCUCCACAUAGUAAGUACUGAUUUGCUGAGAAACUGAGAUUUUAAAUCAAAUUCAGUAAUAAAACUGUAGCUUUGUUUUA